GAACCCCGAGUCGCGUCUCAGACUUCGUAAGGUAUUAGACCUGACAUCAGCCACGAUGCAGGAUCCUACCUGAGUAGGUAUGAAGUCGCGAUGGUCACGAUAUCGGAAGGACGAUGGUGUUGAUAGCGCGCGAUAUUGAUGACGCCAUGUACUCCAUUUGUCAAAGCUUCGGUGGCGGAAGCUCUCCGCCACCCCUCCGCAUCAUCUCGAACCCGCCGAGGAACAAUUACUCCACCAUAACAACGACCACCACCUUCCGUGAAACGAAUCCAUAUGCGCUUCCCUUCCUUCCCAACAUUUCUCCGCGCCUUCCACACGGUCACCAACACAACAAGCGCUUUCAUUCGAUCGAGUCCUGCUAACACCCUCGGUCGCACUAUCUACAACACGCCACAGCGCGCAGUCAUAUACCGUUCAAUGCCAAAUAUCCCCUUCUUGGGUGCCCUUUUCGGAUCUUCAAGCAGUAUGGCGGACAACUCAAACUACCCGGUUCAGAAGCCUGAGGGCGAGUGGCAGGCACAGCUAUCGCCUGAGCAAUUCCGCAUCCUCCGAAAGAAAGGCACCGAGAUGCCCGGCUCCAGCACAUACGACAAGCACUACCCCGACGCCGGUGUCUACAAGUGCACCGGUUGCGACGCGCCUCUCUACAAGGCAAACCACAAAUUCGACUCUGGCUGCGGGUGGCCCGCGUUCUGGGAUGCAGUACCUGGCGCUGUGGGACAGAAGCCUGACCCAGGUCUUGGCAUGAUGAGGACGGAGAUUGUUUGCAAUAACUGUGGGGGUCACUUGGGACAUAUCUUCAAGGGCGAAAGGUUUGGCAAUCCCAAGGAUGAGAGACACUGUGUGAAUGGUGUGUCGAUUAACUUCACUCCUGAGGAUAAGAACUGAAAAUCGGAAUUAUGAAUUGGAAGAGUUGAGUGGUGUACAUAUGGGGGUGUAGUACUAGGUGUAUUGGUGACGACGAAAUGAGAGACGACGUUGAUC